AUUACUAUAUUAGUAUAUUAUUAUUAUAUAGAUAUUAGAUUAUUAGAUAGUUUAGAAAAUGAGAUAGAACAUUCUCACGCGUAACUCGUAUAAGUAUUUUGAUGUUCUAGGAUCUAUCCAUUCUACUCUUCUAGUGAAAACUUUAAGCUCCAAUAAUAUACUUUGAAAAUUGGUUGAAUAAUUGUAUUACAAUCUUUAAUAAUAUUUUAGCUUAAAAUUUGUUCAAUGAUCAUAUAUUAUCCUGUUAAUCGUAAAAGUAGAAUGUAUGUUAAAAAAUUUACUUAACCCCACCCCUUUUGAAAUAAUCUGACAGCAAAUAGGCUAGUUAAAUGAUAAACUCAUAAUCGAAUAAAUCGCUGAAUAAGUAAAACUAAAAUUAAAUUUUUUCUGUAGACUGUGUAAAGCUCUAUUCUAUCAUUUUCUAAAGUUCGACUAGGUAUGGAGUUCCAUCAUUGAUGUUGUAAUGAACGUAUUAGAAGAAAAUACCAUAAUAACAAUAAACAUGAAGACGUGCAAUUUGAUUGACAACAGUACUGGCUCAGUAGAAAAAAAUGACAAACAAUAUUUAUACUUGCGUUCUGUGGUUAAAGUCGAGUGUGGUCAGAACGAGGGCACAGCAGUUUGUGUUCAUACAUCUGACGCUAACGACAGACACCUGUUCCUCACUUGUGCACAUGUCGUAGACCACACAGUGCAAUCAAUAAUACUACGUUAUGAUGGACGUGCAAUUAAAGGUAAAGUUAUAUAUGCUAAUCGUAAGGUUGUUCCGUGUGAUAUUGCUGUAAUAUUAUCUGAACGAAUUACAGACAUUUUACCUUGUCAGAUAUCAGACAAAACCCCGACCAUUGGUCAAAAAAUGUUUUCGGUUGGAUUCCCAUGUCGAGAAUAUGUACCGUCUACAAGUUUUGGUCACAUGCACAGAAUGAUUCAUAGUAUGUUGACAACCACUUGUAAUGUGCGUGAAGGGUUCAGUGGUGGUCCAGUCUUUUCAAUGGAUAGAAAACUAUUAGGUCUCACUGUUGGAAGGUUAAACGUGGGCACUAUUCAUUUUGUAUUGCCUUCUACAGAAUUUGUGGAAACUAUUAAUAAAUAUAUCCUCACUAAUAAUAUUGAAAUACUUAAUGAUUUAGAAUCCAAGUGUCUAUUGAAAACAGUGUUGUGAAACAAUGGGAUUCCCACCUUUAAAAGUAUGUCAUAUUUGAUUCAAGCAGAAGAAUAUUCUCAUACACAUUUCUAUAAUGAGUGUAAUGAUUUGUGUACUUUAUUAGUAAUGGUUUUGAUUUUUAAACUUAUUGUUAUUGCGGUCUUAAAAAUAUUUUAUAUUGUUAAAUGUGUCUAG